AAGACCGAAGUGACUACGUUAGCGAACACGGUUGUGGAUCAGCUGAGAAUGAUCGAUACGCAAAUCAGAUCGGAUGUAAUGGAAACGGCAGCACGUCAAGUCUUAGACAAGUUCCCAGCUUUGGACUAUACCGAUGACGAUGGGUUCGGAGCCGGCCAAGGAUAUGUGGAUAUCAAAUACAAGUUGAUCAAUCGUAAUAAUUAUUUGAAUCGCUUUAAAUCCCCUCAAGCAACUUUGACGAACACCGUAACGAGUUUAAAAAAGAAGCGGAAUGCUAGAGCGGGUACGCUGAAAGAAUACUGGCAGAAGUCUGCCAGAGAAUGUGACAAAAGUUCGGUUUCGGCACUGGUACGCGAUGACCCAAGUCUGAUGACGGAGGAGCUGCUGCUUAAAACCCAGGCCUUCAUUAGAUGGAAACUGGACGAAAAAAUAGACACAAAGCAAAUGAUUUCACAGCUUCCUGUUCUACGACGACGGUUGUUGGUGAAUUUCCACUUCGAGCAGGCAACCGGUGUGAACAUCACCGACUUGCGGCGCUAUUUUAUGAUGAAAAGGGAAAAACUCGUGCAAUACUCGCUGACCUGCAAAUCGGAGCUCCACUUGAGUAAAUCAGCAUCAGAUUACGAUAUAUUGAAAUUUCUAUGCUCGCUUGUUGGGGAAGACUUCGGAGAUUUUAUCAUUCAAAAGGAUAUUGGUACUCGUAUUGACGAUAUCACCAUUGACGGUUCUGGACCGGUGCUGAUAGCUGUUGAUGUCGGAAACGAUAAAACGAUAUUCUACGUAUACGCAAAUCGGACACGUUUGUCCGAGGGAGCUCAUGAUGUGAUUGCCGCAGUAGAGGACCUAUUCGCCAUCCAAUUUGUACACAAUUUCAUGUACACAAAAUCGGUUUCAAAAUUCAUGGAACUGCUCCAGGAAUACUUCCUUAAGAUCAUAACUUUUGUGGCGUCGAAGUCGGGUGCACGUCGAGUAGGACAAAGGCAACAAAAAGUCAGAAAAGUCAUUUCUGCGUUGUCUAACUUUAACGUUAGCAGUUAAAACAGCAUUUGUUUUGUUUGGUCAGGU